AUGGUCAAAUUGUUGACGCUCGAAGCCGCAUCGGACCAUGACAUGAUACCGUCUUCUUCUUCACCUUCUGAUCCAUUUAUCGAGUCUACAUCCACGUAUAAUGAGACGGAAACGUCAAUGUCAAAACCCCUUGAGCCGAAAACACUGUCCGAGUUGACCUCUGAAGUAUCCAAUUGGACGUUACAUUCGGACCACCUUUUACACGCGUUCCUUAAGCGUUACUCCACGGAUUUAUUUGCACGUACAAAACAUUUGGAAACUUGUGUACGAAACAUUGCGGCCGAAGCGGAUUCGGCCCAUGUGCGGCUUAAAAACACUUUUAAUCAGUUUUUAUUACUGUCUAAUAAUCAGUUUAUGGAAAAUCGUGUCUACGAUGAAGAACAAGAAGAAUUUUUCACUUUUGAGAACAAUAUGACGAUAUCGGAGAAGCAAGAAGUGGAGAAACAUCCGGAGAAGGACAAGCUUGAGACAGACGAGCCAAUUGCAAGUGAUAAACGAGUUGAAGCUGCUGCUGAAUCCAUUGUGACGAAAUAUCGAGCAGCUUUAGAUAUGGGACUUGAAGCAAUGAAACUUUUUGUAAUGAUGGACGACGAGGAAGAGGAGAAAAGUGAGAGAUUGUCUCAAUUUGAGACUGUGUUGGAUAUUUACAAUGAACGGCCAUUACCAUUUAUUAUCGGGACAAGAGAGUUUUUAGAAGAUGAAACACUUGGAUUAGGUGCAGCACCUGAAGAAGAUUCGGACAGUGUGAGUGGAUCAAGUUAUACGUCAUCGUAUAGCAGUUCCGAUUCGGAUUCCAAGUCGGAAUCAUCACAAACAUCAAGAGAAAUAAAGAAACGCUCACAUUCACGUUAUCGUUCAAGUUCAGAAGACUCGGAGGGGUCUUUUGUUGCAGAACAACCGUCUAGACAACGUGCAGAUUCAGAUGAGAGCGAUACGAAUGGAUUGAUUACCCAUCGUUCACCGGUGGUCGAACCUCUUCGACGACGUACAAACUCUGAUGAAAGCGAUACAAGCGGGCUCUUUGGUCGCCCGGUGGCACCUGAAAAAUUAGCUUCAUCGCAGUCGAGAGUUUCCAUGUCACGUGAUUCUCGCCGACGUCCUGUGUUUGAGGGUGGUGAGGAAGCAAGUGAUGAUAGUGAUUGGACAAGUGACAGUGAUGACGGUGGAAAGAAGACACCGACGCAUAAGCAGGGCUCGGUAAGUCGCCGCAACCAAGAAGCACCGCCUCCGUUUGCUACUCCCUCACAUGCAAGAAAGAACCGAUUUCUGGACAGUUCUGAUGAAGAAAGUGAUGCUGGUUUGUUUGGCUCGGCCCCUACAACAAAACCGCGGGUAUUUGCUACAGAUGAGGCAGAAAAAUUAAAGAAACGCUCGGCAGUGCAGUCUUCUACCGGUGGGAACGCCAGCACCACAAUGCAGCAAAACGUUUCGAAACGGCUAAAUUCACGACGAUCUGAUUCGUUUGGUUCUUCCUCUUCGGACGAGGAACGAGGAUUGUUUGGAAGUACUUCGAAAAAGAAAUCCCCGACUGCCAAAGCUCAACAGCAUGGUUUUCGUUUGCCACCUAUGAGUGAGACAACAUCGAGGCGGACGAAUGAGCUUGAAUCAAAGAAGAGUUUUGCUUCUAGCGAUAGUGAUGCAGAGUCCACGAUAAGUGGCCUUUUUGGACGACCGUCUGGUGCUGUAAAAGACACGAAAAAGACCACUGUCGGUGUUCCUGUGUUGCCAGCUUCACAGCAAUCUCGGCGUCUCGAUUUUUCUGACGACAGUAGUGAUGACGAUGAUGACGAUGGUGGAUUGUUUGUAGCUGCACCAGCUAAACCGGUUACGUCAGUUGCGCAGCCUGUGAUAGCGCCACCUCGGCACCUGCCGUUUUCUGAUAGCAGCAGUGACGAUGAUGAAGAUAGUGGGGCGUUAUUCGGUGCUGCCCCUAAAUUUGCCCCCCGAAUCACCACAGCUUCUCCAAUAUCAGCUCCUCGUUCACAGCCGGUACAGCGUGCCCCUCCAAGCGGCCUUUUCGGUGAGGGUGAUAGUAACGCCAACUAUGAUAGUGAUGAUGGUGGCUUGUUUGGUGCAAACAAAGCAGUCGCUACCACUGUGCCACCUGUAGUAGCCACUAGGCCAUCACCUGUCGCUGCACGAGACGUCAGCGACAGCGAUGACGAUGACGAUGGAGGACUUUUUGGUGUCCCGCAGUCAACCAAGUCUAAAGCAACUACGUCGAUUGCAGCCGCGCCAACACAGACCCGACAAUCGCGUGUGCAUAGCGACUCGAGUGAAUCGGACGAAGGUGGUUUGUUUGGAGCACCAUCCUCACGAUCUGCCCCUACGCCAAAACCAACACCGACGCCAGCUCCUAUUCCUGCAACGGUGACUUCUUCGAUGCCACCUGCUAACCCGCUGGUUCAUCAGCAAGAUUCCUCAGAUGACGAUAGCGACUGGAGCGAUGAUGACGGUGGCCUGUUUGGUGUAACAACUUCAAAGCCAACCCCAGUAAAGCCAACAGCGGCUCCAGUGCCAGCCGUACGAAGUACCCCUGAUCCGGCUCCAACGCCAGCUGCGGCACCAGUAGGCUCGCUGUUUAAGUCGCCGGCAGGCGUUUCAGCACCUAUCGUCCACCCACCAAUCCCCAGUGCUGCUGCACGACUGCGUGCCGCCGAGUCCUCGGAUUCUGAUUCUGACUCUGACUGGGAUGAUGAUGGUGGGCUGUUCGGGCCUCCAAAGAAGUAG